AUGGAUUACACAGAUUGUACUUCACAUGCUGUUGACAAAUUGCGUCAAUAUUAUCAAUCGAUGAAGACAAAACCGCCAAUACUUGAUGCUGAAAAGGCUUGGCUCAGCGAUGAACAACGAUUUUCUGCUCUGAUCGAUGAUGUUUCAGUGGUGCUUGGCGAACUUGUCUUUCCAUUCAAUAGAUUUACUCGACGUCGAGGAGCAUUACGAGGUUCAUCGCUUUAUAUGCCCGGUAUCAUCAAAGCAAUGACAAGUGAAUGGAAUUAUAAGAAAAUUUUUGGCGCUAAACUUGCCGGUGGUAAACGUGAUCAUACUGUAUGUCUAGUACUUGAUGUUUCAACGUCAAUGUUCGGUACACUUAGUAUGGGUACUCUCGAUGUAAUUGUCGUUCUGAUUGGUGCAUUGCGAAAAAUUGCCAUCGAUAAUUUUUCAAUUCUGAUCUUUGGUCGAACUGUUCGAUUAAUUAAAACGAACGAACAAGGAUGGGAUGCGAUCACGAUCUAUACACUUAUGCAGGAAUUACGCUUUGAUCGAGAGGAUGGAACAAAGGAUGCUCAUGCAAUUGAAGCCGCCAUCGAUCUACUUGGACAAUGUUCAACACGCGGUGAAAAGAAAAUUUUCAUUAUUACCGAUGGUUAUGGUAAUUGUGGAAGUCACUUAGCCAUGGUGCAACAGCGUGCUGAAGGCAAUCAAAUUGAUGUCAUUGCUAUGGCUAUCGGCAUUGAACAAACAAAUAUAAAAUCUGUUUACAAACGAUAUCUUCAAUGUGCCACUGUAUAUGGAUUGCCCAAAGCUUUUCGAGCUCUUUUCGAACAUGAAACUCAACUUGAUUCAAUAGAUUGGUCAUUAAACAAUGUUGCCGAAGAUAAACUAGCAAACCGAAGUCAAUUAAAAAAUCUUUUUGAUGUUAUCAAAUCUGAAAAGGUAUUUGCGCCAUUAAUUGAAAAAUUGGCUGGUCAACGUGAUAUGAAAUUGAUUAAUACCGGUUCACCACCAGUGGAUAUUACUAUGGAUAUUUGCUUCUGUCUCGAUUGUACGGGUAGCAUGUCCCGAUGGUUUGCUGCGAUCAAAAUUCAGAUGCGUCAAAUCAUUUCGAAUAUUAAAACUGAAAUUAUAAAAAAAUAUGGAUCACUCAAAUUGCAGAUGCGGUUUGCUAUCGUUGGCUAUCGAGAUAUUCAAGAUCGGCCACAAUUUUUUGAGCGUGACUUCACCGAUCAAAUCGAUGAAAUAAUUCAAUUUCUAAGUGAUUUAACAGCAAGUGGUGGUGAUGAUCUGCCUGAAGAUGUACUUGGUGCUCUUCUUACAUGUGUGAAAUUACCAGGCUGGAAAGCAACAAAUGCUCGUUCCAUUGUUCUUAUCACUGAUGCACCAGGUCAUGGAGAACUGAAUGAUAAAUUUGAUGAUCAUUAUCCUCAGGUAUAG